AUGAUUAACACCGCCCUUAAAUUAGGAAGCAUUGAAAUUCCAUAAUAAAUGAUUUUUUGGACCAAAAGCAAUAUAUGUGCUAUUAUCCCUUGUGUUUAAUUAGUACCUGGACAUGUUCUAAUCAUACCCAAGAGAAAUGUCAGCUAUUUCAACGAUUUAGAGCUUUAAGAAGUUUUUGAUAUUGGCUUACUCACAAGAUUUUUGACCAAGGGUUUAGAAAAAUUUUAUACAGCAACAUCUUCUACUGUUUACAUUCACAAUUAUAACCCAAAUGAUUCAGAGUCGUUACAGCAAGUAUAUGUGCAUAUCAUACCAAGAAAACCAGCAGAUUUUUAAAACAACGAUGAUAUUUAUAAAAAGUUAGAGGAAUACGAUGCUGAAUUUACUAAGAAAUUUAAAUGGGGUUUCACUUAGGCAAACUCAUCUUUGAACGGUGUCCUUGAAAUAGAAGCUAACGAGUGCAAGAAAUAUGCAACUUUUCUUGAAACAUUUUAGAGAGAAGAAGCAGAGAAAUCUUGA